CGCUCGUUGUCUCCUUUGGAGUUUUUAAUGCCCGGUUCUCGCCUCUGAGGAGAAGAAGAUCGUGAACAAAGCACGGCCGGUAAACAGACAACACAGAGAUAUCUACUACAGAACCACCGCACAAACUGGAGAUGGUACGAAACCUGGUCAUCUUUGGAGGCUCGUCCCAUCCUGAGCUUGUGGAGAAAAUUUGCAACUUUCUCGGCGUGCCCAGAGGCGGCCUCGAGACCGGCAAGUUUAGUAACGGAGAAACCUCGGUGUCGAUAAAAGAUUCUGUGCGUGAGAAGGACGUAUAUGUGAUUCAGUCAGGCUGUGGCCAUGUGAACGACAACUUCAUCGAGCUCCUCAUCACGAUCGCGGCCUGCAAAACCGCUUCCGCCAGACGUGUCACCGCUGUGAUGCCCUUGUUUCCCUACAGCAGACAGCCCGACGUGCCGUACAACAAACACGGCGCCCCGCUAGCAAAGAGCGUCACGACCCCGAGGAACGAGCACAACUAUACGUUCGAGAGCGUGCCGCCGUCGCCUCGGUCGCACAGUUCGCUCGGGAUGCACAGCAACGCGAGCGCGUCAGAGUUCCCGUUUUUGACUCCACAGAAGAGCUCGCUGGCUCUGGAACGGGAAUUCGAAAAGAAACUGCGGGGAAAGGAUAAUACCUGGCUUCCUCAGGGCAAUACCUCAGAGAUCAACACGGGAUACAAGGAAUGGGUUGCUCAGUCUGGAACUCUCGUCGCGGGCCUACUCACCUGUGCUGGUGCAGACCAUAUCAUCACAAUGGACCUUCACGAUCCGCAAUUCCAGGGCUUCUUUGACAUCCCAGUCGACAACCUUUACGGCCGCCCAAUACUGCAACACUACAUCACCAGCUCCAUACCAAAUUACCAGGAAGCCGUCAUCGUCUCUCCCGACGCCGGUGGAGCCAAACGAGCGACCGCCAUCGCCGACGCGCUCGAGAUGGACUUUGCUCUGAUACACAAGGAACGCCGCGUGAAGGGCCACUCAGCUGCCAUGAUGCUCGUCGGCGACGUCACUAACCGCGUCGCGCUUUUGAUCGACGACUUGGUCGACACUUCAAACACAAUCACGCGAGCCGCGAAACUUCUCAAGGACCGGGGCGCUACCAAGGUCUUUGCUAUCAUCACCCACGGCAUCUUCUCCGGCGACGCGAUCCAGCGCAUACAAGCCUCUGCUCUCGACAAGGUGAUCACCACAAACUCUGCGCCGCAGCUCGAAAACAAGAUGAUGCUCGGAAGCAAACUUGAAAUCCUGGACGUCAGUAAGAUCUUUGGCGAAGCUAUACGGCGCAUCCAUAACGGAGAGUCUGUUUCUAUGCUCUUUGACGUGCGCACAUUAUGACCCAACGAAUGCGGCAGCUUGUAGAUGGAGCUGUGUCGUCUAGUUUCUUUUCUAUGUUUUAAUAAAUAUAUAUGUUUUUAGCAGUUUGUAAUUCAUUGAGGCCGAAAGUUUUUGUUUUUGUUGUCGUGUUUAAUUACUGAAUCUGCAUUAAGUGUUGAGUAUAUACUCUGUUUAAAGUGAAUGUUGUGUCAUAAUCAGAUUGUGAGGAUUAACUAUUAC